AUGGAUAAGUGGAUACCGCACGAUCUAACCGAGCGAAAUAAGCUGGAUCGCUUGAACGUAUGCUCAUCAUUGCUAACCCGAUUUAAUCGAGAUCCAUUUUUCGAUCGUAUCAUUACUUGUGAUGAAAGAUGGGUUCUUUACGACAAUAGGAAAUGGUGUGCUUGGUGGCUUGAUAGGGAUGAGGCUUGUGCUCAUACUCCACGUCCAUCACUUUAUCCACGGAAAAUUUUAAUCACAGUUUGGUGGAAUGUGCCUGGACACCUACCUUAUUUACUGGAUCUUUCGCCAAUCGACUUUCAUUUAUUUAAACAUUUAGAACUGUUUAUACGGGCUAAACAGUACGAAAAUAAAAACAGUCUGAAAAAUGCCAUAUCAGAGUUUAUUGAUUCUAAAGAUCAGAAUUUCUUCAAGACAGGCAUCUAUGCAUUAAAAUCUCGUUGGGAAAAGAGUAUUGAAGUAAAUGGAGCAUAUUUUGAAUAA